UGUCUUGGAUAACUGGACUCCGCAGGAGUAGAUGGGAUGAGGGUAUCUCUGUGUGAACUGACUGGGCCAGCAGGGGGCUUAGUGGUUACAACUCUUGCCUUGCAGUCUGAAGGCUGUUGCUCUAAAUCCCGGCUGUGGUACCCUUCAUUAAGGUGCUCAUCCUGAACUAGCAGAGUGCGAAGAACUUACUGCAGAAAUGGGUAAAUCGGUGUAAAGCUGGUUAUCUGACACUGUGAGUCACCUGCCCAAUGAAAGCCAGCGUUUGAGUUUUUGCGCUUCACUGUGCAUGUUUGUGUGUACAUGCAAAUUUGAUGAGAGGUUUGUUUUGAUUUUACGGCUCAGGCGGCGCACUUUGUCCUGCGCUCGGGGUGACGGAGAGCGCCGGGGCCAAGGUUCAAUGACAGAAAGAGAGAGAGGCUCCUGCGGAGGAGGGGGCGGACAGGGGAGGAAGGUGGGAAAAGGAAACGAUUCGGAGCGCAGAGCGGCAGGUGGACGCUCGACCGGGAGCAAACGCGGGUCGCGCGCAAACGGAGGAAUGAACGCGGACGGUCACUUCCCCGUCGGCUGAGCAGGGGCAGCGUGGGACGUUGUCCAUCUGAGACAUCCGUCAUCUGUAGACACAGAGAAGAGGGAGGGGAGCACGAGAGGAGUGCGAGUUAUCUGUGUGUGUAUGUGCGUGUGCGUGCGUGCAUGCGCGCGUGACCCGCAUCUGAGUCAGUGGCGUUACCGCGGUGCAGGUGGGGGGGGGGUGGGCUGCAGAGGGCCGCCGUGAUGGACAGAGGGGAACGCAGGGGUUCGACUGCACCCGGUCGUCUCUCGGCGCUGCAGCAGCAGCUGGUCUGGGCCCUGCUGGGUUCGGGACUCUCCCGGGACGUUCUCGUCCAGGCCGCGGGGGAGCUGGAGCGGGAGAGGGGCGUCGCGGGGGGCGACGUGGCCGACAAGGUGGGAGGUGAGAGCUCCGAGGAGGGGGACGAGGAGUCCCCGCCGCCCAUAUACAAGGAGCUGGAGCAGCUGCCCCCGGAGGAGGCGGCAAGGCAGAAGGCCGAAGUGGAUCAGCUGCUGCAGGAGGACCCCUGGCACGUAGCCAAGCUGGUGAAGAGCUACAUGCAGCAGCACAACCUCCCGCAGAGGGAAGUGGUCGAGUCCACGGGGCUCAACCAGUCGCACCUGUCGCAGCACCUGAACAAGGGAACCCCCAUGAAGAACCAGAAGAGGGCGGCGCUGUACACCUGGUACGUGAGGAGGCAGGCGGAGAUCAACCAGCAGUUCACCAAUGCCGGCAGGGGUCUGCUGAUGGGGGAGGAGUCUGGCGAGGAUGUGAGGAAAGGCCGGCGGAACCGGUUCAAAUGGGGUCCAGCAUCCCAGCAGAUCCUCUUUCAGGCCUAUGAGCGGCAGAAGAACCCGAGCAAGGAGGAGAGAGAGGGUUUGGUGGAGGAGUGCAACAGGGCUGAGUGUCUCCAGCGGGGCGUGUCCCCAUCUCAGCUCGCAGGCCUGGGGUCUAACCUGGUGACGGAAGUGCGAGUGUAUAACUGGUUCGCCAACCGCCGCAAGGAGGAGGCCUUUCGGCACAAGCUUGCGCUCGACGUGCCUUUUAACAGCCAAUCAGCAAGCUCCUCCAGCCACACCCUUUCCACAAGCCCCACCCACGAUAUGAAAUACAGCCAACAGGUGACCAGCGAGGGCCUCGCGUCGUCCGGCGGUCACCAUGGAGACAGGAGUGUGGGGGAACGGCUGACGGUCAGCCCGGUCCAGCUGGAGCCAAGUCACACUCUACUGGAGACACAUCACAAACCAGCGUCAGGAGGCGGCCCUCUGCCCCCUGUCAGCACUUUAACCGCUUUGCACGGUGUGUCGGCCUCGCCAGCAGCCCCGCAGGGCCUCAUCAUGGCCUCCCUGCCCAGCGUCAUGAGCCUCGGGGAGCCCUCGCUCCUCAUUGGCCUCACCUCGACUCAGCCGCAAACCGUCCCGGUCAUUAACAACGUGGGCGGCGGUUUCACCACCCUCCAGCCAAUCUCCUUCCAGCAGCAGCUCCACGCCCCGCACCAGCAGCCAAUCACGCAGCAGUUCCCGGGUCACGUGGGUCCGAGCUCCUUCAUGGCCACCAUGGCGCAGCUGCCUUGCCACAUGUACAGCAAGCCGGAGUUGUCACCAUACACCCCCUCGAGCCUCCUGUCCCAGGCCAUGGUCAUCACAGACAACAGCAGCCUCGGGACCCUUACCAGCCUCACCGCGGUCAAACAGAUUCUGAGCACAGAUGCUGAGGACCAGUCGGAACCGCCCAUCCAGGAAAGCUCUCUUCACCUGUCGUCCAGUCCACCUGUGCCAGUGUCCUCCGAGAGCCUGGAGCUGUACCCGGCGUCGCAGCCCGUCGACGACCAGCCGCCGCACCUGCUCACGUCCUCGCCGACAGACAUGGACCCCUACAUCCCCGCACAGAUGGUCUCGACCGCGCAGUAGCAGAGCGACGGGAGGAGCUCCAC